AUGAGUUUUCCCUUAACAUCUCCGCUAUUCUCUUGCAUCUCUUCCACAUUCAGCAAUGUCACUCUUUUUGGCGCAUCUAUAAUAGAAUUAGGAGCAACCCAGUUGACGAAUGUAUCACUUGCUUAUCCGUACUAUCCAACGUACGGUGGUUUGAAUUUCUGCAAUGUAUCUGUCACCUAUACCCACCCUGGCCAGAAUGAUACACUCCGCGUCCAAGUUUGGCUCCCAUCGACCACUUAUACCGAACGAAUGCAAGGAAUUGGUGGUGGGUCAUAUGGCGCCGGCCUAAACGAUGUGGCAUUUGGUGGCAUGGCACUCGCUGUAUCACAGGGCUACGCUGCAGUCACCCUAGAUGCCGGUCUUCCCUCCCAGAAAACUGUAGACCUGCAACCUGAAGACUGGGCACUGCUCAGUCCUGGCAACGUCGACCUUUACGCCCUACAAAACCUCGCCUCGGUAUCGCUCAGCGACGCUACUUUGUUGGCAAAGGACUUUGUGGAGAGUUACUAUGGUCAACUUCCUAAAUUCUCGUAUUGGAAUGGUUGCUCGCAAGGCGGGAGACAGGGUCUCAUGCUGGCACAGCAAUAUCCUGAUCUUUAUGACGGGAUCCUGGCUGCAUCUCCUGCUAUCAGCUGGAACAAGUGGGCUAUUGGAGAUUACUAUCCCACAUUUGUCAUGGAUCAACUUAAACAGUACCCAUACGCAUGCGAACUCGAGGCUAUACGGACAGCGGCAAUCAAUGCGUGUGAUGAACUCGAUGGGGUUGUCGAUGGAAUUAUCACCGAUCCCGAAGCGUGCAACUUUGAUCCCAGCACAGUGGUAGGUGGACCAGUUAACUGUUCGGAUGCAGCCGGCCCUCUUACAAUCAGCGACGCGGCGGUGAAAGUGGUCCAGGCUGUAUGGGGAGGAGCUCGAGAUGACCGCAAUGAAUCUCUCUGGUUUGGCUUGAACAAGGACGCUGCGAUCACGGGGUCAAGCGGACUGGCGGAAACUUCAUGUACAAAUGGGACGUGCAGCAGGUCACCGCCUCCUCUAUGCAAUACUUGGCUUCAGUAUUUCCUCGCCAAAGAUCCUUCCGUCGACCUCUCAACCAUGACUCAAACAUACUAUGACGACCUCUUCAGAAUAUCAGUGCAGCAAUACACAUCAAUCUACGGCACCGACGACCCUGAUCUCAGCGCAUUUCGGGACAGUGGCGGAAAGAUGAUCACAUACCACGGACUAUCUGAUGUUCUUAUUCCUCCGAUGACUACGCAGCAUUACUACGAUGCUGCAACAGCCGUGGACCAGAGCGUACAAGACUACUAUCGCUUAUUCUUCUCACCGGGAUUAGGACAUUGUGAUGGGGGCUUAGGCGGCUAUCCGGCCGGUGCUUUUGAAGCCUUGCAGACGUGGGUGGAGAAUGGAACUGCACCGGACACUUUACUAGGAACGAGCGCUGCAGAUUCCCAAGGCAAUGUUAUUGAAAGACCGUUGUGUUUGUAUCCGAAGAAGCAGAUUUAUAAAGGGUCUGGGAAUACGAGUGUGGCGGAGAAUUUUGCGUGCGAGUAA